UUCAGAGGUGGCUCGGUUCAAGGAACCUGGCCGCGGAAUAGGUCAUAGCGAAAUUCUACCGCGUCUCCUGCUGUGGCACUUUAUAAGAAGCACAGAGAUUGUCUUGCAGUUAAUCUUGGGAAGGGAAUAGAAUGGGUAUUCCGUCCGAGCUCAGGGAUAUGCUCUCGCAGACAAAAGGCUUCUUAAUUGCUUCUCCAGCUGAAGAGCAGAAGAUUUUGAGGACUAAGCUAUGCACUGAUGAAGGAGUUCGUGCUGGAUUUAGGGCAGCUUCCAUUGCUUGCGUUGCCAGUGCUGUUCCCACGUUGGUUGCAGUCCGUACAGUUCCCUGGGCUAAAGCAAACCUCAAUUACACUGCUCAGGCACUUAUUAUUUCUGCAGCUACAAUUGCUGCGUACUUCAUCACUGCUGAUAAGACCAUCUUGGAAUGUGCAAGAAAAAACUCCCGGCUUGAGGACUCUUUGAGACGCCAAAGAUAAUCAACAAUUCUAACUUCGAAACCACAACUUGGACGUCCUUGUCGGUUUUAGUGCGUGACAGUUCUACUUCUUGUAAUGGAUCUGCAUCUGACUAGCCCCACUGCAAAUUUUUGUUUUCCUCUUUCGUAUGGGCUUAUAGAUUUGUGUUUUUGAAUAAAAAAUGUGUACCAUGGAAUUUCCAUUUCCUGUGGCUACAUGAAGUGUAAUUUAAGCUGCCCUUUUUUGGCGUUGCCUUGUUU